UGUGUUCUGUAUAAAGAGAUAGGAAGCGCAGAAGCCAAAACUCAAAAGUCCCAAGAGACUAAAACCCUUUUUUCAAAAAAAGUGAUGAGUGGGAAACUUCUCAAGAAGUUGGAAGAUCCGCCGAUGGCAUCUUCCUCAAGCGAAGAAGAAAACGAAGAUACGUUAGCCAAUGCUUCUUCUCCUGAAGAAGAAGCAACCGAUUCCGAAUCCGAAGCCGAGCCGGUCGCGAAUCCACCUGUGAAACCUCCCGCAGAUUCCAAAAAGGUGGAAACUUCCUCAAAGCCCGAGACCAAGAAGAGAUCUAGUGACAAGAAUGAAGGCGAACCAAAGAGGGCCAAGAGGGUUUCCGGAGAAGACAACAAAAAGAAGAGUACUGUAGAAGAAGAGACUAAGAAAAACUCUUUCCAAAGAGUUUGGUCCGGGGAAGACGAGAUUGCGGUCUUGCAAGGGAUUAUCAACUUCAAAAACAAAACCGGGUCAAGCCCUUACGAUGACAAGAACGCUCUUUAUGAUAUGGUGAAGAAAUCCGUGAGCUUUGAUGUCACUAAAACUCAGUUUAUGGAGAAGAUUAGGGCUUUGAAAAAGAAGUUUGAGAGCAAUCUUGGUAAAGGCAAGAAGAAGAAAGGAAAGGAUCCGUCUUUUUCUAAAGCCCAUGAUCGCCGGGCGUUUGAUUUGGCGAAGCUUGUUUGGGGAGAUAAUGGCAUCAUGGCUCUUGAAUCAUCAUCAUCAGCUGGCAAGUCUAGGAAAGUUGAGCCUUCUGUGAAGAAGAAGGAAGAGGAGCCUGCUGUUGUGAUGAAGCAAGAGUUUGUUUCGGUUGUUGAAUCGGUAGCUCGUUUCGGUGUGGAUGAUGUCGCUGCUAAGAAAGGGUGGAGUAGGCUUUCAUCAGAGGAUAAGGAGAGAUUCGAGAAGCAAUGGAAAGCCUUGCAGAUUAAGGAGUUCAAUUUCUACGCUCAGAAGAGCGGUUUCAUUCAUGAAGUGGUAACUAAGAUGGCUGAAGCGUCUGGACCAAAACAUUAGAUUUUGCUUUUUGUUUUUUUUUUUGUCUCUUUUGCCUGAACUUGCCUUUGUUGUUUUAAUUUCUCUAUUGACUUAUCAGUGUUGAAGUGAAAUUUUAAAUUAAAUGAAGCAAUGUUGUCCACU